AUGUCAAAAAUGCACGUCAAGCUUGAGAUACAAUCCGGAAGGGUUAAAUCUCUAUGCUUCCAUGAUUCUCGUCCAUGGCUUUUGGCAUCCUUCCAUACCGGAGAAAUCAUUAUCUACGACUACGAAGUAGGAGUAGAAAUUCAAAGAUAUAACGAAUUUACCGUCCCAGUCCGCACAGCCUGCUUCCAUCCUUCACUUCCAUUAUUUGCAGCAGGUGCAGAUGAUACAUGCAUUAAGAUUUUUAAUUACGAUGAGCAGCGUUGUAUCGCAACAUUUACAGAACACCUCGACUACAUCCGUACAGUACAAUUCCAUCCAACAAAGCCAUUCCUUGUUUCAGCAUCUGACGACCAAACCAUCAGAAUUUGGAAUUACGAAACGAAUUUGUGCUUAACAUCAAUUUCGGGCCACAACCACUACGUCAUGUCCGCAUUCUUCCAUCCCACUCUUCCUCUUGUUUUAUCCGCAUCCCUUGAUGACUCUGUUCGUGUCUGGGAUAUCUCUUCUCUUUUCAAUGAUGGACAAUCAAGCGGAGGAAUCUUCUCUAUUACAGAUGCCGUCAUGAAAUUUACACAGGAAGAGCAUACAGCCGGUGUCAACUGGGCUGCAUGGCAUCCAAACAAGCCUAUGGCCGUUUCUUGUUCAGAUGAUGAAUCAGUUAAGAUCUGGAGAAUCGUUGAGACUGAAAUGAGCCUUGUUGCUACAUUACGCGGCCACACAGGAAAUAUUUCUUGUGCAUGCUUCAUGCCAAACAUGGAUCUCGUUCUUUCUUGUUCAGAAGAUCAGACAGUCAGAGUCUGGGAUUCAAAGCGUUUCGUACAUCUUUCAAAGUACAAGUCCGAAGGAAACAGGUUCUGGUGCGUCGCGGCCCAUCCUGUCAAGCCAAUUUUCGCUGCUGGACAUGAUAAUGGUUUAGUCAUUUAUAGUGUCACGAAAAACGCUCCUGCAUACGAUACAGUCGAUGGCAACAUUUAUUACUACAAAGAAAAUGCAAUUCGCGCUUAUAAUAUCAAAGAUGAAUCAGACGGCGUUACUGGAUACAUCAAACAGAGAUCAUCGACAUCACGUCAAUCUCCUAUUGAUCCGAAACCAACUACCGUAAGCUACAACCCAACACAUAAAGUAUUUCUUGUUGGAUACCCAGAUCGUAUCGAAAUCGUUCCAGCAAAUGGAAAACCAGGUGACGACAACCAAGUCAUUCAAGGAUUCAACCCUGUUUGGAUUGGCCGUAACCAAUUUGUCUUCCAAACAGAUUCACAAACACAAAACAUCAGUUUACGCGAAAUUGGCGGAUCAUCUACAUCCACUCUUACCCUCAAAUGCAGGAAAAUUUUCCCUGGCCCGCCAGGAACUAUUUUCGGAACUGAUGGCGAAACUCUCUUCAGAUACGACAUCAUGAGACGCUCCCAGAUCUCUCAGACCCACUUAUCCAACAUCAAGAACAUCAUCAUGAGCCCAGACAGGAAGCACAUUGGUAUGCUUACGUCAACAGAUGUUAUUAUUUCGGAUAUUGACUUCAACAACAUUACAAAAGUCACAGAAGUUGUCAAGACAAAGUCAGGCGUAUGGUUUGACAGCAACGUUUUCGUUUAUUCUACAAGGACCCACGUCAAAUACUUACUUAUCAACGGAGAAGGCGGCACUCUCAAGAGUACACCACAAACACUCUAUGUCGCCGCUAUUUCAGAUAAACUCUACGGACUUAACAUACAAGAUACUGUGAGAAAGUUCCCAAUUGACACUCUUGAAAUUAAAUUCCGCCUUGCCAUCAUGGAAAACCGAAUCGACGCCGUCGUCGCAACACUCAGGUCCGCCAAGGUCUGCUCCACCUCCAUCAUCGACUAUCUCCACAAGCACGGACAUCCCGAAAUCGCCGUUCAGUUUGUCCAUCAACCUCGUGCCAAAUUUGACUUGGCCAUGGAGUCCGGCAACCUCGAAUUAGGCGUAGAUGCCGCAACUGAGCUUGCCGAUCCCGUAAUUUGGGACAGAAUAGCAGAUGAAGCGAUGGCACAAGGCAGAUUCACAGUUGCAGAGCAAGCAUUCAAGAAGAGCGGUAACAUGGAACGUCUUGCCUUCCUUUAUUUGAUCAGUGGCCAGACACAGAAACUCAAUUCAUUGAAAGUUGACGAUUCACUUUCAUUACAACGCGCGAUUUGGUCAAAUGACUUCAAGACAGAGGCAAUUCUUCUCCACGAUGUCGCUCCUUCCAUUGCAUACAUCGCUGCUGACGGUGAUGACUCAUUGCAGUCAUCAAUUCAAGUGCCAGACGAAAUCAAAGAUGAACUGAAGAAAUUUGCCAAACAUGAGAUCACUUCAUCUCCUCUCAAAACUGUUGAGAAAUUGGAAGACUGGCCAACACUUUACAUCAACAGACCAAAGUAUGUUGUCACACCAGGAUCGCAGCACGAUGACGAUGACGAUGUAGAAAACGAUGAUGAAGAAAACGGCUGGAACUUCAACGAAGAAGCCGCAGAAGCCAAAGAAGAAAACGGUGAAGAGGAUGAUGACGAAGAGAACGGCUGGGACAUGGACGACAUCCAGUUCGAUGUCACUGCUUCUCCAGGACAAGGAGCUGCUGCUGGAUUCAUUGUUCCAUCUCCAGGACAAUCUGUUUCAUCGCAAUGGAUGGAAGGAGUCGAAAUCGCUGGUCAAUACGCUGCUGCCGGUGAAUUCGGCCUCGCAUUGCAAGUCUUGUCUGAACAGAUUGCAUUGAUAAAUGCAGAACCACUCAAGGAGCAUUUUGUUGCAAGUUACAUUGCAUCGCAUGUUUCAAUUCCUGCUCUUGCAUGCGCUCCUCCAAUCAUCUCUCCUUUGACAGCGAAGUUCUUGAAGAGGAAGGCUCCUUCUCCAUAUUUCUCCAUCGAAAGAAUGGAGAAGAUGAUCGAAGAAGGCUCCAAACUCAUGACAAAAGGAAAAUUCAAUGCUGCAAAGUCAAUUUUCUUGUCACUUUUGCAGUCAAUUCCAAUUGCAUCUGUUUCAACUGUUGAAGAGCAGAGGAAGGUCAUAGAUGCUGUAGAAAUAUGCAGGAAGUACGUGAUUGCAGCAAUGCUCGGAAUUGCACAGAACUCAAUCAAGAAACCAGAUAAAAGAAAACUCGAGUAUUUGUUGUACAUCUACGCUCUGAAACUCGAUGAAAAGAUGCAGAACAUCGCUUUGAACUUGGCUGUUAACAUCGCUACAACACUCGGAUGCUUCAAGACAGCUCUCAUGUUCGCUACUGAUGAGAGAACAAGAAAGGUAAUCGAGUCAAAGAGCCAAGGAAAUAAGACUGACGCUGUGAAAGUUGAUUUCACUCCUGUUGGAAAUUUCGAGGUCUGCUGCAACGAAUUAGUUCAGAUUCCAAUCGGCGAACAGAAGGUUUCCUGCCCAUUCUGCGGUGCUACCUAUAAGGCAUCACACGCAAAUGAACUUUGCAGCGUUUGCCAGUUAUCUAAAGUUGGAGGAAUCGGAACUGGUUUGAAGAUUAAUAACUAA